AUGAGCUUCCUCAAUAGCAUUGGUCGCAAGUUUAAUCCGGAUGGAAAACGCAAGGGGAGUAAGGCUCCACCUUUGCCAAACAUGCCCGGAUCCAGUGGUUCGUUUGGCAGCGGGGGCGGAAACGGAACUCCAAGCUCAAGUUCAAGCUCGGUUGUCAACCGACCUGUCACUCAAGGAGUCGCUCGUCCGUUGUUCAUUUGCAAACCCUAUGUCAACUCUCACCUCCUAAAGGGUAACUUCAAGACCAUUGUAGUCUUGCCAAAACACGUCGAUCAAGGUGAAUGGAUCGCCCUCAAUACGUUCGAGUUUUACGAGUAUAUUAAACUCUUCUACACUACUACGCUUGAGUUCUGCGUUCAUUGCAAAACGAUGUCAGCUGGCCCUGGUACUGAUUACUAUUGGUUGGGUACCGAUCGCCAACCUCGCCCACUUCCUGCUGCUACGUACAUUGAAUAUGUUUUGACAUGGAUCAACAAUCGUCUCACCGAUGAGACAGUCUUCCCAACUCGUCCACCUAAUUCCAUCAAUACUGGUGGUCAGACCCAGAUCAUUGGGGCUCCUCACGCUGCCCAGGGUGGCCAGACCUGGGUUGGCAAGGAGGCCGGUUUCCCACCCACCUUCUUCCCCAGCUGUCAAGCCAUCUUCAAACAGAUGUUCCGCGUUUUUGCGCACAUCUACCAUACUCAUUUCGUCAACAUUGUCCAUUUGAGCAUGGAGGCACAUCUAAACUCGUUCUUUGCCCACUUCAUCAUGUUCUCGAGGGUUGCCCAGCGUUUCCCUGAUCCCGACCGCCACGGUUCUCGACAUGGUGGCUCCUCUGGACAUCACGGUUCUUCUUCGUAUGGUUCUUCUCGCCCCGGCUCUUCUGGUCACGGUUCUUCUCAACACGGCGCUUCUGGUCAUGGUAAUAGUUCUUACCACGGUUCCUCUCGUCACGGUAAUGGUAACAAUCCCGGCCAUGGCUCUUCUAGCCAUAGUCCUUCCGGAGGCCAUUAUGGUUCCGAGCACCAUGGCUCAGGUUACCGAGGGCAUGAGAACCGUGGUGGGUCUGAGUAUCGUGGCCGUGGCGGGCAUCGUGGUUACAAUCACCGUGGCUCCGCUCUCCAAGGUCAUUCGCCUCAUCAAAACAUCUCUGGCCAUCCUAACGUCUCUUACCAGCAAAACUUCCACAAGAAAACCUGA